UUCGGUGCCAAACCAUCUCAUCUCUAGAACUCCACACAAAUAUCAAUAUCAAACGUAGCAGCAUAUCAAAAUUAAGAUGUCGGCAAAGAAAAAUGUUUCUCUUUUUGUGCCAUUAAUGGUUUUAAGCAUGCUAAUGACAACAUUAUAUGCAAGCCAAAUCAAUGACAUAACAUGCUCUGAGGCUAUUUCAUCAUUGUUGCCAUGUCUACCUUUUUUGGAGGGCUCUCUACCAGCAACACCAUCUACCGACUGUUGUGCUGGAGCAACUAAUUUGUUCCACAAGGUUGACACCACUAAGAUUCAGAGAAAAAAUAUCUGUCACUGUCUCAAAAACACUUCAACAAAAUUUGGAGUUAAUUCGAAGAGAUCCAAACAACUCCCACAACUUUGUCACAUUAAUCUCUCAUUUUCAGUUGAUACUAAAAUUGAUUGCAACUCGAUGUCAUGAUUCUACCAUAGGGUCAGAUCCUGAAGAAAUUUUGCAGAACUAUAUUAUGGCACUAGAAUGAAGAUUGUAUAAAUAAGGAAUGUGAAAGAUUGUCGCAGCUCUUUUUAGUGAUUCAUGCUUUCUGAUUUUUUUUCUGUCUAAUAGUUUAGUGGCUGAAGCUCAAACAAUUAAAUGUGGAAAAAUGGAAUGUCCGAGGUUCAAACCCCAACCCCUACCAAUUGAGCUGAGCACACAAGGACCAUGCUUUUUGAAAUUUAUUAAUGGAAAUAGAAUCAUAUAUCUUUAUUAUCCAUUUAUGUUUUCCAAAUUUCUAGUGUUUAAUGUUAUUCAGGUGAGUGGAAAUGUUGUUUACGGAGACAAAUUAUACAAAGAAGUACUAAAUAAAGUGUGAUUGCAGUUUA